CAUUACGUCACUUUACGCUCUUGCUACGUCAUUAUUCUGCGCCAGAGUCGCUUGUUUGGCUCUUUUCAAUGAAACGUUAACAGCGUAACUAAGCUUCUGGACAUCAUAAAGAUGCCUCUGCCUCCAGCUUUACUCGCGCGCCUCGCUAAAAGAGGCAUCGUGAAACAGUCUGACCACGAGGCUGAAGAGGAGAUCAUCGCUGAAGACUAUGAUGAUAACAACGUUGAUUAUGAAGCUACAAGGCUUGAAAAUUUACCAACGAAUUGGUACAAAGUUUUUGACCCUGCUUGUGGACUUCCUUACUACUGGAAUGUAGAGACGGAUUUAGUGUCCUGGCUGUCCCCCAAUGACCCGGCAGCUGUCAUCACCAAAGCCAUCAAGAAACAGAAAGGUGAGACUGGACAUGACAAAGGGGACAACCACUACGAGAAGGCAGAGAGAGACCGGGAUCGAGAGAGAGACAGAGAGCGCGAUCGGGACAGAGACAGGGAGGACGGACGGGACAGAGAUAGAGACCGAGAUCGAGACCGGGACAGAGACAGGGAGCGUGACAGACGGAUGCGGAGAGAAGACACUGCACCGUAUAGCAAAUCAAAGAGAGGAGGACCAGGAGGAGGUCGGAAGCAGCAGCAGGAGGAAAUGGAUCCCAUGGAUCCCAGCGCCUAUUCAGAUGCUCCAAGGGGUUUAUGGUCAACUGGUCUCCCCAAACGCAAUGAGGCAAAGACCGGAGCGGACACCACAGCAGCAGGACCCCUGUUCCAGCAGAGACCGUACCCCAGUCCUGGAGCCGUCCUGAGAGCAAACGCUCAGAACACAAGACGCCUGGAGGAUGAUGAUGAUGAUGAUGAUGAUGAUGACUGAGCAGGAAUAGUGUGUCUUGUGAAUAGUGAUUUUUCAAAAGGCUUUUGAAAUGUUUUUCUUGCAUUUGGGACAGAUAUUCAUUUGUAAAUACACCAUGUGUUGUAUGUUGUCCAAUUUAUAAACAAUUGCCAUUUUACUCACUUUACUAGAUAGUGAUGUUGUUCCCUGCAAAAUAAACGUUUUGUUUAAAGGCGCA